AUGCCGUCCGUCGCCGAGGCAGCAGCAGCCCCUGACUGGGAAGUGUAUGACCGCAUCUCGAUUGCCCGUCCGCCGUCCGGCGCACCAGCCAUCAAGGAAGGAUCGCCCAGCUUCAUCCUGAUUAUGGGGUGGAUGAACGGCAGCUUCCGAUACGUAUCCAAAUAUGCACCGUGGUAUCUCGAGCGAGGCUAUACUGUCGGCAUCGUCCUUUCAGAGUCCGAGAACUUUUACAUGUCGGAAGCCGACCUGAUUGCCAAGUACAAGGGCGUCGUGACGGCGCUGGAGCAGUACGGGCUCCUGAAUGGCAGCGAAACGUACACCGGACCCCGCAAGUCCUGCAUCAUCCAUGUGUUUUCCAACGGCGGCGUCAGCGCACUCCACUUUGUCCUUCGGGCCGCGGGCAUGCCUCAACCAACGGUGCACUCGGUCCAAACGGGCGAAUUUCCAGAGGCCGAGAGGGUGCCUCCAUCGCUUGCCAUCGCCGGAGUGAUUGCCGACUCCUGUCCUGGACACGGCGAUUUUGUCCCGACCGUCAAGGCCUUCACCGGCAGCCUGCGCAACCCGGUGGUGUGGGCGAUUGGCAUUGUCUUGGCGACGGGACUGUUCGUCGGGUAUCGCUGCUACGGAGCGCUGACAAAGUCCGGCGACCCGCUCAUCUUCUUUGGCUCGCUGUUCUCGAACCCGUCUGUCCUCGAGCCAUCGGCCCCGCAGCUCUAUCUGCACUCGGCCAAGGACGAUUUGGUGCUGGAGAGCCACAUCGAAGCGCACCUGGAGCGACUCCAGACCCGCGGGUUUUCGGCCCAAGUUCGCAAGUGGGAGGACUCUGGACACGUCCGCUUGAUGAAGGAUCACCCCGACGAAUAUUGGGAGGCGGUCUCGGCAUUGCUGGCCAAAUGGGCCGCAUAAUGGGGUGGACCACGAUGCAGACCAGAGGACGGAUCAGCAGAUGGACCGGCAGCAGCGUGAAUCCCCCCACGUCUCGAGUAGAAUGGGUGCGAUGGGGGGGGUUCCAUUGGCAAAUCAGUGGCAAGGCAGCAGGACGGGACAAUAUACUUGGGGAAUAAUUGCUCUGGAACUGGUAUCUGCGGCAUCCGCGGCAUCUGCGGGCACGAUGCCGGUGUCGUGAUGCUUGCAAAGGCCAGUGUCCCGAUGCUUGCAAAUACCUCGCUGGCACCGCUUCGACCACCAGUAUGAUCCGCGGCAGAGCAGCUGAGAACGGUCACGAUGGAGGGGCCAAAGGACCCGGUGCAUGCCGCCAAGGCAUGCGGAUGGGUCUGCAGACCGGGCCGGAGCAGACUCGGCUCCCCUCUGCCAUGCCCUGUGACGACGGG